UCUUGACUUUCCCCCGUCUCACUCCAGUAAGUCAAAGAGUUCCGCUCCAUCAGGAUCGCACCACUGAAACGGCAUCCCUUCCGAAUAAUAUCUCUUAUCUCAUACCAAGCUCAUUAAGGCGUCGUCUUUUUACGGAGAACAAACAACGGGACAAAAUAUUCCUAGACAAACGACUUGAUCAAUCUUGAAAUGACUUCUUCCGAGAAAUUGGUUAGGUUAGACUUUCUCCUAAUUGUUACCUCCUCCAUCCUCCUCCUCGCAGUGCACAUCACGCCGGCGACCUGUCGACCCAGUCCAGCUCCCGAGGUGACCACCACCACCACCGCGGUCGACAGCCAGCAAGCAGGAAACGGUCUCCAGGAGGAGGACAGCAGUGAACAUUCUCUCCGCCCGUCUGAAAUAAUGUCGCGAGUCUCCCGAAGCACGGAUCAUGGUUUUUAUCCACCCACGCUGAAAAAUCGGGUACACGGGAGAGCAGCCCGAUUCCACGAGGGGAACUUGGGACCACGCCCGCUGGGGGUGGGGAACACCAUGAUUUCCGGAUAUGGCAGCCCCGUCGCGAGAAUGCUGGUGCACAAGGAGGCACCUGGAAUGGGCGGAGGGGGUGGUGGUGGAGCUCCUGCUGCCGGGGAAAGUGAGAAUCUGGACGAGCAAGACCCUACUUUCACUCCGUACAUUAGUGCUCGUGUAUUUAACAUGCCCCAAUUUCUCGACCACUUAAAGGGGAAUCUGGAAUCGAUGACAGAUGGGGAAGAAUUUGUCUCAGACGAAGACGAAUUUGAUGAAAAUGACUUUGAAUCUUUGGGAUUUGGCUUGAACGGUGAAAUUCUGCCCAGCUCUGGAAAUGAUCCCCAGUUUAUUUCGGAACCGAAAGGAAUUCUUCGUUGGAGACCAGCCUCAUUUAUCGGAUCUCGUCCCAGGAAUCGGAAUAUGCUUCAUUUCGUCCAACAACCUUCCGAAUUGGAAUCAAUCUACAAAAGUCAAAUGAAUCCGGCGAGAAACGCGUAUGAAUUCGGUCUCGGUUAAAAUCGAAUGGAGAACGAAAUUAUGGAAAUGAAAUGGACUUAUUAUUUUAUGAGAACAUACAAAACACUAAUUUACGUAAUGUGUAUCACAAAAAUGACCUGUUGCACUGAUUAAAGAGGACAUUAAUCUUGUUUAAUUCUUGGAAGUAGUUUCAUGUUAAUUUCCGGAGGAAUAAUUUUAUCUGGAUCAAAUUAAUCAGUCCGGGCCGUGCGUGAUAUGAAACAUUUCAUAAUUUCCUGUCCUGCUUAGUUUUGAUGUUAUUCAGUUAAUGCAUAUUGCGAAAAAUCAGACGGUUUCACACUGAUAAACUUUUUUUUACCUGGUCAAUUGCAAGAUUUUGACUCAUGCAUAUGUAAAUUAUUGCAGCAUGACAUUUACGACGGGCAAAUAUGUAUCAAUCUCCAUGAUUCUACAGAAAAAGGCGUUAACAUUAUCAUCCUAAUCUUGUUUGUACUCUGUACUUUAUUUAACUAGUGUACAUAUGAAUUGCAGGUAUAUUUUCAAAAUUUUACGGUUAGACUGUACAUGUAGAUUAUUAACAAAAUAUUAAUUAUGUAUUAUUCUGGUAUAUCUAGUAAAACAUGUAUGUAGAUCAGUUGUCAGUAGAUGAGUAUUAAAAUGUACUACGAAAAAUAUCAAAAUUAAGUAGGAAAAUGUAACUUUUCAAGUUGAAUUAUAAGGAUAAGUCCCUUAUUCAUCCAGUCCGCCUACUAUGUAUACGUAACUAUUUAGCCUAUAUAAUUGUCAAUUUGUUGUUAUCCAAUAAGGCGAUGUUGAUGAAACGACGAGGCUCACGUUCUGAGGAAGAAGAGGCAUUUUGAGACCUGCCGAAGGUCUGGAGGAUUGUAGACUAAUUAUUUUUAUUGUAAUUCUUGUAAUGUUCAUUUAUGUGAGGAAAUUGCAUACACAUUCAACUUUCUGCUUUCUCUGGUAGUUUUCACGAGUACGGAGAAAUCUGCAAUCCGAUAACUAUAAACAUUUCCAAUGUUUUAAGUAAUUGGCAAUUUUUGUGUUAGCGAAAUAGUGUGCACUUUCACUUCGUUAUAAUGAUUAAAAUAGAUGCUGCAAUGAAACGAAUAUUUGGUGGAUAUGUCAAACCAUCACGACAUUUCCAUCCUGUCGUGAACAUUUUAUUUAUUUAGCAAUGAUGAUUAGCGUGCAUUUCAACUUUCUCUUCUCGACUUUCUCUAUUUCCAGAGUAGAACAGUUUUGAAAAUAUUUUCUGAAACCAUUUCUGAGAUUUGCUGGAUGGAUGCAAUUGUUUAUAAAUAAAUUGGAUUAGUAACGUGCAUACAUUAAAAAAUAAAAAUAAAAAUACCUAUAAAAAUAAGAUUUCUGAAAACUGUAAAGUCUGAGCACAUGCAGAUUACAAAAUUAUCAUUGUUAAACAAGCUUCUCAUUAUUUUACUCCCAUGAAUAGACAGAAAUUGACAUA